GUGGCGAAGUGAGAGAGGCGCCUUGUCUUUUCGUGGGCAGCGGCUAUUGGACGCGCGAGCAAUGUGUGUGUGUUUUGUAAUUUUAGAUACGCAGGUGCCGAACCGAAACUCGCUUUUCGUGUAAAUUGCAGUCCCAGAUGUCUGUCUGUCAAAGUUUCGUCGUCUUCGACUUCUCUGUAGUCACUGUUGCUUCCUGUGUUCUACGUGUUUUUGGAAACUCGCUGUACUUUAGGAUUCAUUUUUGACAUGGGUUGUCAGAACUACAUUUGACUCAGCGCGCUUAUACCUGGAAAGGUACGUAGGAUUAUAGCAUUGGUAACCUGCAAUAGCCACUUGUUUGGAAUCUUACCUGUGAGAAAGUUUUGCGUAACAAGUUUUACUGACAAUUCGGGACAGGGAAGUGGUCGUUAAGUAAAUGUUUAAAAGGCGCGCACUUUUACUGCAAGAGUUUUGUUGAUAUGGUGGCAGUUUCACAGAAUUUAAACCUCGUUGAGCAGCUACUGUAGGCUACACGUCGAACUUGACAAUGGCAUAGAAGUGUUGCGCUGAAGGCUAAUUUUAGCCAUUUUGACUGGAUGAAAAGGGAGCGCCGUACGGCACUGGCCUGAUUCUGUACUAACAGCACACGUGUUCUCGAAGUUGAUUUGGUCAGAAAUUUGGGGGCGAAGGCAAUGCCUCAAAUCACGGCUGCAGCAGUACUUCAGAUAUCCCUGCUACUAUCAGCUCUGCCAGCGCAGUACUUGAUAUCCAAAUGGACGGGGAGCAAUACGACGCAACGACACCGUGCGACACAACGGCUCAUUGUGGCAUGGAAUGAUUUAAGGAAAUCGUACCUGAAUCUGGCGGUGUGGACGGACUGGUUGGAACAAUGGAUUAAUGAAUUAGUGUUUUAUCCUGCACAGGGAGACGAUGACGAACCGGGGGAAUCUCCCGCUUUGGAGGUGCAAAUGCACGACAAUGACCAAGGCUAUUUCGGAGCCUCUAGGGAGGUGCGCAGCCCCCGGCCCGCCUACGUGCUGCAUCGCGUGGGGCAGGUGGUGAUGGAGAAGAGGAACCACAUGGUGGGGGUCAUCGUCAGCUGGGACGAGCGGCUCAAGGCCCCGCCCGAGUGGAUCAAGAGGAUGUACUCGGAUUCAGAGGUCCAGCGAGCUCAGGACUCCCCCCAUUACAAAGUGAUCUUCCGUGGGCCCGGGGCCAGCUCUUUCCUGGUUGGCUAUCUCCCCCAGGCCUCCCUGGAGCUCUUCACGGGAUUCCAGCCCGACAUCCCGGAUGUCCUGGACCGCUACUUCUCGCACUACGACGGGAAUCGCUUCGUCAUGAGGGACUGGCUGCGGGAGCGUUUCCCUGACGACUAGGGCCCGGCCGGGGCCCGGGACAGCGCCCCCUGCUGGAGACGCCAUGACCCUGCGCUACAGAGGAGGUGCAACGUGGCUGCUUAUGUGACGGACUGCUGACGGCACUCACAGGAAUGUGACGUUCCCCGCGAUACUGACUGCCCCCGUCACCACGGUGACUGUGAAUUUGAUGUGAUUCAAUCGAGCGAUUCAGCUGAAUCACUGACUCACUGGAGCCCUUUUCAAUGCCGCGCGUGGGCCUCUCCUGUACCUUUGGAAUGAAUGAGCUUCAGGUGGAUCGGUUGCAAUUAACUACUGUAAGAAGCUAUACCUGAGAUAGGAUGAAAAAUCCAACUUCACAAAAUAAAAACUCUU